GGAGAGCGGCGGGGACCCGCGGGCGUGCGCCACGCCGCACCUCGGGGCGCCCGCUGCGAUUAGCUCCCCCGGCAGGCCCGGAGGGCGGACGCUCCUUCCCCGCGCGUCUCCUCCUCCCUCGGCCUUUUUUAAGGGGCGCCCCGCAGGCGGAGCUGUCAGCCACCCCGGGGUCCUCUGCACUUGGCGGGGGGCUCGCCCGCGUGACACCCGGGGGCGGGCGCUGAACUAGCCGCGGCUCCCCGGGACCUGCACGUUGGAGAGCCGCGCUGAGCUCCAGGCUCCGUCGGGUGGACCUGGCGACGGCCCGCGAUCGGGACGCUGCCCGGCUCGGGGCUUGGUCGUCCGGGGCCCGACGGCCCUCCGAGGGAAGCGGGGUAGGAGGCGGCCCGGGCCCCGGUGCUCCUUAGCGCCAUGAGCCUGGCCCGAGGCGGUGGCAGCCUCGGCGGUGGCCUCCCGCGCGCCCCGGUCCCCUCCUCUCCAUCCCCUAGCACCAUGCCGUCCUCGGGCCAGCGGAGUCCGCGGCGCAGCCCUCGCCCCCUGCCCGGCCGCUGCUGAGCCAGGAGGAGCGUGUGUCCGGUCGCGGGCUCAGCCGGCCGCUCGGGGGAGGCGGAACCGUGGUCCCCGGAGUCUCGGCUCCGCCCUCCGGCUCUCCAGCCGCCACCGGGCGCCGGGGCGGCGAUGGGGGCGCUGCUGGUGCUCUGCGUCCUCGUGGGCUCGCUGCGCUGGGGCCUGGCGGGCGCCCAGCAGCCCGGGGAAUACUGCCACGGCUGGGUGGACGCCCAGGGCAACUACCACGAGGGGUUCCAGUGCCCCGAGGACUUCGACACGCGGGACGCCACCAUCUGCUGCGGCUCGUGCGCGCUGCGCUACUGCUGCGCCGCCGCCGACGCCAGGUUGGAGCAGGGCGGAUGCACCAAUGACCGCGGGGAGCUGGAGCAUCCCGGCAUCACCGCGCAGCCUGUCUACGUCCCCUUCCUGAUCGUCGGCUCCAUCUUCAUCGCCUUCAUCAUCUUGGGCUCUUUAGUGGCUAUCUAUUGUUGCACCUGUCUGAGGCCCAAGGAACCCUCCCAGCAGCCAAUCCGCUUCUCCCUCCGCAGCUACCAGACAGAGACCUUGCCCAUGAUCCUCACCUCCAGCAGCCUCAGAGCGCCUUCCAGGCAGUCCAGCACGGCCACCAGCUCCAGCUCCACAGGAGGCUCUGUCCGAAGAUUCUCCUUUGCCAGGGCUGAGCCAGGCUGCCUGGUGCCCUCGUCACCCCCACCUUACACCACUGGCCAUGCCAUACACCUAACCCAGCCAUCCGGUUUCCUGGUGUCACCCCAAUAUUUUGCAUACCCUCUCCAGCAAGAGCCCCCAUUACCUGGGAAGAGCUGUCCAGAUUUCAGCUCUAGUUGAUGGGGCGUUGAACAGGCCACACAGUGAAAUGGCAGCCAGGUGGAGUGUUGCUGUCUUGGCUAACCCACGCUCAGUUCCGAGGAGAUUUGGGGUAACCCGUCAGCAUCGUUGAAGAGAGGUCUAGAAAGAUACAGCACUUUUUUUUUUUUGUCUUGAGAUCCUUCACUGCAAUGACAGGAGGUCUGACUUUGCAAACUUGAUGAACAUGACAGCUUAUUCUCCUUUUGCUAAAGCAUCCAGCAGUCUGAUGUUCAGUUAGCAAAUUGAAGUAAAAAAAAAAACAAAAAACAAAAAACAAAAAAACUUACUGGACAAUUCAGCUAUCCUUUGUAGAACAGUGCCCUGCCCCGUGUUCCUUUUCCUGUGUUGGUUGAAUUAUAGUACAAAUAUACUUUAAUAAGGAAGAACAUACACUUAAUUGUAAUUAUAAAGGUGCACUUAAAAAUUAACUGUUAAGUAAACCUGAGGGGGCAGUGAACUGCCUAUUUAUACUUUUGGGAGCGACCUAACUGUAAGUAAUACUAGUAUGAUGAGAACAUUCACUUCUCAGAUUAACAACAAAUUUUGUUUAAAAUACAAGUUUUCUUUUUCCAAAACAUAAGGUUUCAGUAAUCACAUGGGAAGCUUAAAGUUUUAAAUAUAUGCUCAGACAUUUGUUGUGACACAGAUUCUGUGUGAAAGCACUUCCCCCACCAACCUGAGGGAAUAUUUAUUGUAGACUUUUUUGUCGUUGUUGUUCAGCAAUAUUAGUGUUUAAAGUGAAAGUUGGACAAUUGGGUCUUAAAACAUGUAUUUGUAUAAAGAGGUUAUAUAUAAAUGUGAAGAACUGUAAUUUAAUUUACUUACCAAAUUGACAGCACUAAUUAUUUAGAAGAUGCACUGUAACUUCUGUGGAAGUUGAAGGCCAGCUGUUAGUGUCAUCAUCAAGCAUUCUACAUUUUAUUUGCCACUGUGUUUUGAUGUCUGAUGACUGCACAUACGGGCCAGGCUAGAAAAAAUAAAUAAAUUUCUCUUGUUUCCUGGGCUUUAUUUGAAAUUUUCAAGUCAAAAUUUUUCAUUUUAUACUCUUAGUGACAAUUCUUUGCUUUCUAUAAAGAGGAAAUAUCAUUAUCCCACACUCUAUCCU